GAGGAGGACGAGAGCAGACUCGUUUUAUGUGUAGCUUCCUCCUUCUCCACGUCCUCCCAUCAAUCACCUCCCUUCCUCUGUCUCUUGCACACUUACACAUCCACGCGGGCUCACUCCCCGCUUCCCCCGUUUCCAUUGCCCCCCCCUUCUCCCUCCCCCCGCACCCCCUGCCAGCCGCCGAGGGCGGGCCGGCGGGAAGCAGGGGGUGGUCCGCCUGGAGGCCAGCCGCAAACUCCAGCGAAGGUGAAGGAAGGAGGAGGCAGCUGCGGCGGGGAGGAGGAGCCCGGCAGCGGACCGACCGACGGCCGGCCAGCCAUCCCGGGAGCGGACCGGCAGCGCAGGUGAACCUUGAACCCAAGACUUUAGCAUGAAGGGCUGUUGGAAGGUGUCCCCUGAAUCCCUUCUGGUGACAGCUGAUCUUUGGGUGACGGUACCCCAGAAGAGAAGUUCAGGAUUCGGCAGGAGGAUUCUCCAGGUGGUCCCUUGAGAGCCGACUCCACGCAUUUGUUUUGCCUUACUUUAUAAACAAACACACCAGCCAACUUCUACCUGCUCAGUGUUUGUGGCGAUGAUGGCCCAAUCCAAGGCCAAUGGCUCCCACUAUGCCCUGACCGCCAUCGGUCUGGGGAUGCUAGUGCUGGGGAUCAUCAUGGCAGUGUGGAAUCUCGUCCCGGGAUUUAGCCACGCAGACAGACCGUCCAUAUAUGGGAACAGCAGCAACCCCAGUGGCGGGAUCCUCAAGAGCAAGACAUUCUCCGUGGCCUAUGUACUGGUGGGUGCUGGGAUCAUGCUCCUGCUCCUGUCCAUCUGCUUGAGUAUCCGGGACAAGAGGAAGCAAAGGCAAGGAGAGGAAGAGAUAGCUAGAAUCCAGCACAAUGCAGCUGUUGGAUCUCAGACCCAGGAAGAAGAUAGCCAAGAAGAGGAGGAAGAAUCCCACUCAAGAUAUUAUGUCCCCAGCUAUGAGGAAGUGAUGAACACCAACUACUCAGAGGUGAGAGAAUUGGACCAAAACCCCGGCAUGAACAUGUCUCUCCCCUCUUACGAGUCCCUGACGGGACUGGACGAGACAACUCCCACCACAGCCGUGGCUGACCCGGAGACCCACCCACCAGACAGACAGAACUCCAGGCUGGCAAAACGCCUGAAACCCCUGAAAGUGCGAAGAAUUAAGUCAGAAAAGCUUCACUUGAAGGAUUUUCGAAUCAACCUGCCAGAAGGCAACCUGCCUCCUCCUACCAUAGAACCCUUGACUCCUCCCCCACAGUAUGAUGAGGUCCAAGAAAAAGCAGCAGCGGACACCCGGCCACCAGCACCAAACUGAGCCCCCGAUGACCCGGGACAGUGUUGGACAGGGCUCCGUUUUGCCAAGAGACUCCAAAUGAGCUGCAAUGGCUUAGAGUUCUAAAACUGAUGGACCCCAGAUACAUGUGUGUAUUAUAUUAACUUUGGUGGGAAGUCAGGGCAGAGGUCAAGGAUGGGGAUCAAGAAUACUAAGCCAGAUUGACAUUCCACAAAAACGUACCUAGCAGAGAUUGGAAAGAAAGACACAUCUUAGACAUCUCUAUCUCUCAAUGGAAGUUAAGGGCGCCUAUUGCCUAUCUUCAAUAGUGUCCCUUCUCGAUCCGACUUAUUAGCAAGGAUCACUCCGCUUUCCAUCUAGGAAAGGAAAAGUUGUAUUUUUUGUUUUGUUUGUCUUUGAGUGUUUGUGUGUGUGCUCCUUUUCCUGGUAGAAAUGUGAUUUUUAUUUGUUUGUUUGUUUAAACAAGAAAAAGAAAUGUCUCUGCCUUCACAAGCUUUUUGAAAUGUUAGCAGGGCCACACGAGGGAUUAUUUUGUCAACAGGUUCACCUAGCAGCAGCAUAAAAAUGGCCUGGAACCCAGUGAUUGGUCUUGGGAAGCCGAUGAAGCUCUCAAUUCUUUGAGGGCCAAAGGUCCGCCAGGCUUCCAACAAUGGACAGGUGCUGGUCUCCUCUCCCUUAUACCAUUGAGAGGAAAAAAACCAUUAUUACCAAAAGCGUAUAUAAGAUAUCUGAUGUUUUAAAAGGUUUCUUCUAAAAAUUGUGCA